CUGGUGUCUCAACUCUAGUCCCUUUAAAUUACUGGAUAGUAAGCAUGAGUCAAUCGCCUCGCAAAGGGCCAUUUUUUACCCUAACCUUGCGGACUCCCAAAUUCCGACCUAAAGUCCCGGAACCAAAAUCAUCUCCGGACUACGUGGUGAGCUCCAAGAUCGAGGCAACGCGUGGAAAACUGCUUCGUCUGCUGGGACGCUUGGAGAAAGUGGACUCUAUCAUCGAGGAGUCCAGCCAGAGGCGUAAUCCCUUCCAGCCUGUGGCACCGAUGGCGGUGGCUUAUGAGGAUAUCGAGAGCCAGAUGAAGGACGGCAUCCAGGGAUGGUCCGACUAUGACUACGACAAGAGUGAUGACCUUCCCAACCUGGAGGAAGCUCAAAAGGAUCUGAAGGACCUGAACAUGGGCGAACUGGAACCGGAACAGGAAUAG